AUUCCCACAGCACCUGAACGCAGCACUGGGCCUGUGUACUUCCUGAAGCUCAGUCAGUUGUCACAUUCUGAAAAGGCGACAAGAGGAACACUGACGAGGACAAACACACCACAUAUGCUUAAAAUGUCGAGUUUUCCCGAUAAGUUUAGCAAUUAUAGUAUGACUCAGCUCAACGAAUUUCUGGAGGACGAUGAAAAACUGACAAAGAUGAUCCAGGAAAUGGAAGAGAUGCAAGAAGUUCAGCAGACAAAGGAGAAAACUCUUGUUAGUAACCGAACCCUGGCAGAGCAGAACCUCACCCUGCAGCCAAGACUGGAACACAAGAAGGCUCAGCUCACCAAACACUACAGCUGUCUUCAGGAGAACUUUGAGGCUUACCAGCUCCGAAAGUCCACCCUAGACCACAAGUCAGGAAACACCUCCCUGGACACUUUGCUCGCCCUACUGCAGGCAGAAGGAGCCAAAAUAGAAGAGGAGACAGAGAAUAUGGCUGAUUCUUUCCUGGAUGGUGACAUGACCCUGGACUCGUUCAUCGAUGACUACCAGAGCAAGAGGAAGCUGGCCCACUUGAGAAGGGUGAAGAUCGAGAAGUUGCAGGAGAUGGUGAUGAAGGGCCAGAAGCUCCCACAGAUGCCAGCCUCUACCUCCCGACCUCAGGAUGUGUCAGCAGGAGCCAGACCAUCAUCCCUCCUCUCUGACACCAGCAGUAGCUCUCCCCCCCUCCCUCAACCUAGGAGGAAACCUCCACUUCCACCUCCUCCACUUGGUCCAGCCCCAACUCCAAACCCAACUCCAGCUCCAAUCUUACAGCCAACUGCCUUAUACCCAAUCUCUCCAUACCCCCCAAUUCCCCCCAGAUCAGGCCAAAACUUCUCUGGCGUCCACUUCCGGAUACCAAAACCCUUCCUAUCUCAGUACCCCCCUCAGAGGUCUUCUCCUCGUAUGGCCCCGCAGCCCGGCUUCAUCAUGCAAUAGAUGAAAGCAGUUGCCACUCGGAGGAUGCAGUACGUGUUCUGGACUUUUUGCGACUGUAACUCCUCCGAGAACCAACUUCCCUGUGGUCGGCCUUCUUGAAAUACAGCCAAUCACAGCACAAGAAGGCAGGCCUACAUUGGCUGUUCUCCGUCACGUUUAGCAGAUCUUCAAUCAUCUCUGCGGCAUCGUGCUCAUCACUCCUUCCUGUCAACACUGCAAACAAAGAUGUAACGACAUCGGCCUCUAGUCUGCUGCUGUGAGUCCUUUCAGUUGAAGGGGCUGGCUGUAGGGACACAAGUGUCCAUUCUGUGAGUCACCAAGUCAAAAUGGUCAUUUAUCUGCACUUUUUGUCUCUAGGCAGAAUCUUCAGGCCUGUGCUGGGUCGGUUUGUCUCUCCCUCCUCCAGUCAGUCAUGUUACUCUAUAAAGCCUAAGUGCUGGUGCUGCUUUUAGGGAACAUCGGUCAUUCACAAAGGGUUCAGUAAUUCACUUCUGUUUCCCGCCUGCAACAUACUAAUUCACUGCUGUUCUAUAUGCAAGCAAAGAGACCCAAAUGACUGUGUAAUUUUGACGAAACUAUACUUUCCAAGAACACGUUCAGGUGAAACUGCAUCUAUGCUGUGAUUUAUUUCUUUUUGUUUUUGUUGUGUGGGUUGUUUGUUUGUUUUUGUUUCACAGAAAUCCCCAAGGUACAUACAAAUGUUUGCAUUUCACUAUAAUUGUUUAGUACUAAUGGAGUCAUGUUAAUAGUAGCGGGGAUAGACAGAUUAACAUUGUUUUGUGUACAGGAGGGCUGUGGUUGUUUAUCUUUUCAAUAUUAAUAUUUGUCUCCAGAGACUCCAUUUCUGCCUAAUUUGAGAUGGAUUCCUGUAAUCAGAUUCAUCUGAAGGUAGAAGUAAAAAUAAAUAAAUUUAAAAAAAAAAUGACGAUUUAAGAAAAAAGUGGUUAAGGAAUAGUUGUGGCUAAAUUAUUGUAAUUGUUUUGCAGAAAUGAAGGAUUUAAGUAUAGUAUUUUUUUUUGUUCAUGUUGUAAGCCAACACUGCUUAUGAUGUCUGCGGUCUCAUAAAGAGACAGUACAUACUCCUUCAAGCACAGAAUGAUCCUCCCAAAUCAUAGUUUUCAGCCCACACGACUGGGCAUGGGCCGGUAUGACGACCUUAGGUGAAUCUACCAAGGGACAUAGUACUGCACUGCUCCGUGGACACUUUAUUUCAGGGUUGAUGUGCACAUUCUUCUCUUGUUUGGUCUUUCUCCCUCUCUCUACUCUCCAUCGCUUCCUCCGCAUAUCUGUUUUGUGACUCAGUGAACCCAUUGUAUUUAUUUGUUUUUACAUUGAUGGUUAGAUAAGUUUAACUACUGAAGUUUGUCAGAAUUUAUUAAAAUUAAAGUGCUACAAAAUGCAGUUGUUAAACAUUCUGCUACUUUGUAGCAUUUUGCUUUGAAUUCCAGCCGGAGGAAAUGAGGGAUGAUAUUAGCUUGUUUAGCCGUGUUAGCUAGUCUAUGCUAUUUAUGUCACUAAUAUAGCCAACGCAGCCUACUGCCUCCUUGCUGAGUUUAAUUAACAUUAAGAGGAGUGUGUGUAUGGGGGGUCUGAAUGGUGUGCACAUAUGGUGUACGUAUCGUGGUCACGAGCUACAAGUUGACUGCAGUUACUGAAAAAAUUCUUUCAGCCAGGAACCACAGGUUUUAGGUAUGUGAAGCUGACUGACAAAACCCAUGCAGAAUGAUUUCAGGUUUGUUUUUGGUGCGCAUCCUGUUGGACAGGAAAUUUUUAGCAGUUUUGGGAUUCUGGUAUAAAUGGGAAGCCAGCCCAUGCCUACCCAAGAUGUGUGUUUUGAAACUGGACUUUGAUGUCUAAAGAGGAAUCGAUGCAUUUGGGUUGACUGGUAAAAUUCAGGGGUGCUGUUUUGUAUCGACACAAUAUGAAGGUGGAUCCCUUUAACGGUCUUAUAAAUAAAUAAAUUGAGCUCUUGGGUGUCAUACAUAACGUAUGUUUCUGUUGGACAGCCUGUCUCACUGUACACCAAAGACUGCCUACGUCCUCAUGUGUAAUGUCUUUUGCUAAUCUAUUUUUUUUAACACAACUCUUAGGUCUUUGUCCAACAUGUGCUUGUGAUGUUGAGCAUAGUCACCAAAAGGAGCUUGUGAGUUGAGCUGGCUUUGGGAGGACACUCUUUCUGAGGUGAUGGGAAUUCCAUUUUCCUCUCAACUGCUGCCACCGUGCACUGUAGAAGAGCCAUGAGUGCCUACGCUUGGACUGACAUCUAUCUCGUCCUUCUGUCCACUCCAUGUUUAUAUCUGCUCAGUUUUUGGACAUGGACGGACCUUCUCAAGAAAGUAGUCCCAUUGUUUGAUCUUCUAAUGCUGAGGUCAUGUACAAGGUAGAAAAGCAUUUUUGAGACUGUAACGCUUCGUUUUGUUUUUUUCAGUACAAGCAGCAGGCCAGAAUUGGGCAUCAAUACGUUUGUUUAGACCUGCAUCUACUCAUUAGUUUUCUAAUUGGUAAAGAGAUCGAUUGUUUACUCUGUGAUGUCAAACGGUACAAAAUGCCGAAACUGUCAGCUUCCCAAGGUGUCUUUAAAUUGCUUCUUUAUAUUUGACAGUCAUAAACCAAAAAAAAAAUUAAGUCAAACCCAUUUGCCAAUUUAACCAUAUUGAAUCCAGUUCAGACCAAUUUACAGUGGUUUAGAAUGGUUUCAACCCUGUUGAAAAGCAUCUCAGUGUAGUAAGUUAUUACAAAAUAAUGGUUUCAGCUCUAAACAUGAGGUGAGACUUGGGCUUAGUGGUGACUUACACAUUUUCUUUUUGUUUGUUUAGCUUUGCUGGGAUGGUUUAAAGUUGAUUGCAUGUGUUGACCUUCCUGUUUAUAGUAAAUUCCUAAAAUAAUGGGGUUAUAACAUGUCAAUGUGUUAUCCUGGUGACAAUUCUACCCAUCGAAUCAAAGACUCAUCACAGAACGAACAAGUUACAAGAAACCUGCAGAAGAUAAUUCAAAAGUCAAAGUGAGCCAGCAUUUCUAACACCUAACAAUGAGUCAUUCUUUUGUGCAUGGCCUUACUUUUUAUGGUAAAACUUCUUUAAUAGUUAUUUUUAAGAUGCUAAGCAUUUUUUGUUCCAUUUCUGUUUAUACUGAUUCUCUGUAUCCAUGUUUUGUAUGUGGUUGGUGAUAUUUCAGUGUAAUACUGUAGUUAUUACUUAUACUGAAUGUUUAAAUUGGAAUUAAAAUGCUAUUUUCAAGUUCAAUAAAUCUCAGACGUUUUGUACCUGC